AUGGCAUCGAGUGACGAAAAGCCGGGACCAAUGCCAGGGCGGGAUGAUGGGACGACGCCAGGGAAGGCGUUGACGGUGGGGCAACAAGUAAUAGACAGAGGUGCGCAGCUGAUGACGACGUCGAUGAAGCCUAUCAACAACAUGAGCCAGUAUUUCAACACUUUUGGGAUGUAUAGCCAUGAUAUGUCUCGACAGAUUGAGACUCAUCAUUUUGUUUCGAGACUUAACCAAGAUUUUUGCCAGUGUGCUGUUUAUGACUCUGAUCUUCCUUCAGCUCGUCUCAUUGGAAUUGUGUACAUAAUCUCUGAGAAAAUAUUUGAAGGUCUCCCACCCGAUGAACAAAAGUUGUGGCAUUCCCAUACAUACAAGAUUAAAGCAGGCCUUUGGAAUAACCCUAGAGUGCCAGGAAUAAUUGAAAAUUCAGAGCUCCAAACCUUUGCCAAGAUGUACGGAAAGUUUUGGUGCACUUGGCAGGUUGACCGAGGAGAUAAGCUUCCCUUAGGUGCACCGGCGCUUAUGAUGUCUCCUCAACCAGAGAGCACAAUUUGCGCUGAAAUGGUGAAGAAGAGGGAUGAGAAAUACCAGAUAUCAAGUGACAAUUUGAUCUCAUCAAGGGCUAAUAUCGCGCCACCAGAAAACUUGAAUUCAUACGCAGAUCACUGGAAGCAAUCUGGAAAGGGCUUUGCUAUUGAUAUACAAGAAAUGGAGAUGAAAACAACUGCUCCCUUGCCAUGA